GUCCACCAGGGGAUCCUGGAGUUGAUGGGCCCAAUGGAAAUAUAGGUUUUCCAGGAGCCAAUGGUGCACCUGGUAAAGCAGGAUUGCCAGGAUGCAAAGGAGCUAAGGGCGAUGCUGGUGCUCAGGGCACCGCCGGCUGUCAAGGACUGAUAGGCACUCAUGGACCAAAAGGACAUAAAGGUGAACCCAGCCCCCCUGGAUUUGGCCAAAAAGGAGCAAGAGGAGCAAAGGGUGAUCCAGGACAGCAAGGCAUUAAAGGAGAGAAAGGGGAAAUAGGUGAACCUGGAAGCCUAGGACCUCAUGGCCAAAGUGGUUCUCCUGGUCCUAGAGGAAAUGAGGGAUUCCCAGGAAAUGAAGGAAGUCCAGGCUUACCAGGAGAGAGGGGAUCAGAUGGCAUUCGUGGCCUCAAUGGGCUCCCAGGGCCUAAAGGCCUUCAGGGAAACCCAGGUGUGGCUGGUUUUCCAGGACCUGCUGGCCCCAAAGGCCAACAAGCACUCUGUGGCUUCCCUGGUUCGUUGGGAGAGAAGGGGGAUUUUGGAGCUUUUGUGAUUGGAGAGCUGGGCCCAGAUGGGCCAAAGGGCCCAGAAGGUCCCAAAGGAGACAUGGGUCACAUAGGCCCCCUUGGGCCUCCUGGUCCCAGUGGUGUCUGUGGAGAAAAAGGCUCCAAAGGACCCCAAGGCCCUCAGGGAAGAACUGGUGCAUGUGGGCAAAAAGGAAUGUGUUAUUGUGGUCUGAAAGGAGACCGUGGGCAUCAUGGUUUGACUGGGGACAGUGGGUUCAAGGGUUCCAGGGGACCCCCGGGGCCUCCAGGGCCAGGGCUUAAAGGUGACAAAGGUGACACUGGGGAAACAGGUACAGCUGGGCAACCUGGGGAGAAAGGAGACCAUGGGGUCACAGGCAAACGUGGAGAAGAUGGCUUGCCUGGUAAUCAGGGACUCAUUGGUGACACUGGGCCUCCUGGAGAUAAGGGAGAUAUUGGUACAAACGGGAAUCCAGGCUGUCCAGGACCCAAGGGUAACUCUGGAUCAAAAGGCCCUCAGGGAAAACCAGGUCCAUGUGUUAUGAUAAAUGAUCCAACGCUCAUCAGUGGGGAGCAAGGUCCAAGAGGAGCUCCAGGGAUCCAAGGAGGGCAGGGACCUCCAGGGAAAAAGGGAACUCCGGGAAAAUGUGGACCUACUGGCCAGAAAGGGAUAACUGGAAAGGCUGGAUUUCCAGGACCACAAGGAGUGUUAGGUCAGAAAGGAGAGACAGGUUUGCCAGGGCCACAAGGAUUGCAGGGGCCUCGAGGGCCCCCAGGCAAGAAGGGUAUCCGUGGUCCCCCUGGUGCUUUUGUCCCAAGAAUUUCCAAAAACAGCUUUAUUUUCGCUCGACACAGCCAGACAGCUACUGAGCCCAGCUGUCCAGAGGACAGUAAUCAGAUGUGGUCUGGAUUCUCCCUCAUCUUCGUCAAUGGGAACAACAUGGGGCAUGGCCAAGAUCUGGGUGCACUUGGAAGCUGCCUCCCCCAGUUCUCCACUAUGCCCUUUCUAUUUUGCAGCCCUAACAGCAUUUGUCACUAUGCUUCUCGCAACGACUUCUCCUAUUGGCUGUCCACAGAUGAAGCAAUGCCUGACAAUAUGAUGCUCAUCUCUGCGCAUCUUCUAAGGCCAUACAUAAGCAGGUGUACAGUAUGUGAAGGCAGUGCAAAUACUAUUGCAUUUCAUAGUCAAUCUACUGAGAUCCCAGAUUGUCCAGAAGAAUGGGUGUCUCUUUGGACUGGCUUUUCCUACAUUGUGCAAACGGGAUCCGGCUCUGAGGGCUCAGGCCAGCCUCUGCAAUCUCCUGGUUCCUGCCUGGAAAAAUUCUAUAAAGUCCCCUUUAUCGAAUGCCAUGGCCGCGGCACCUGUAACUACUACAGUGAUUCCUACAGCUAUUGGCUGGCUGCGCUUAACUCUGACAGCAUGUUCCAGAAGCCAGCAGGCCGGACGAUAAAAUCAGACGUUCCAGGAAGCCUCAUCAGCCGUUGUCGAGUUUGUAUGAAGCAAUAACUGUAAUAAGCUGUACUUAUGGCAAUACUAGGGUGCGUUCUCUGAUAAGUGUCUCUUAGCGUAUUACUAAGACUUGAAAGAUAUACUUUAUUCAAGUUGUUUAUUGUUCUACAUCUGUUCUUCAAACUGUCCCUAAGAGUUUGCCUAGGGAUAGCUUCUUAAAUGUGAUGUAUCUACGCACCCUCCAUAGGGAUGGUGCCAGAUUGGUUGACACUGUUGACUCAAUUAUUGCUUUCAUGCAUCAACUGCUUGACUGUGGCAUGAGAGAAAGAGGUGUUCUUUAUAAAUAUAACACAGCAGGACUGCUUCAGAAUAUUACAUUAAUCAGAACUGAGAAACUAAAAAUAAAGUACAAAAUUAACAAAUUGAAUCAUCUAACUUCAGGAACCCACCUCCUCAAAUCUAUUUUGACACCAUUUAAUUUUUGUUUGUUCUAUAAAACAUCUGUGUUCACCAAUAUGUGUGUAUGUCAUUGAUACUGGGACAAGCAAUGGCACAAUUUCCAAAAGAAAUGUUGCAUUACUGCCUUAUAAGAGAAUGUCCAGUGUGCUACAAUGACUAAUAACUAUUCCAGGGUGUUUUUGAGGAAAAAUACAUUGGACUUGUAUCUGAAUGUUCCUGCAGUGUCAACUCAUUAAAAUCAUGAACCAAAGUUGUGAUAUAGUAUGACUUUCCCUCAGUAGAGAAGUAUGUCUAUUGCAGGGAUGUCAAAAAUAGGGGGGGCACCCCCCUCAAUAAACAAACAAACAAUAAAUAAAUAAACAACAAACAAA